AACCACAUACAUUACAGACACACACAGUUCAAUUCUACAGAGCAUAUAUAACCAUGGAGAAAAUCAGCAUCAAUGGCGUCUUCCUGGUCCUCCUACUCCUCUUGGUUACAUAUGAAGAAAAAAGAGGUGGGAGUGGGACGAUGAUGGUGGCAGAGGGGAGGACCUGCGAGUCGCAGAGCCAUGGAUUUAAAGGGCGGUGCGUCAGCAACAAUAACUGUGGUCUCGUUUGCAAAAACGAAGGGUUUUCUGGUGGUUGGUGUCGUGGUCUUCGUGGAAUGUGCUUUUGCACUAAAGAUUGUUAGCUCUGCCUCUGGGGAAUGUAAAUAAUAUUAAUAUUAAUAAUAACUUAGUAUGCUUACUUGUGGAAUGUGGAAUGUGGUUACAGAAU